AUGGAUGAUAGAAGAUUUUAUCCCGAUCAAGCCCCUUUUCUGGCCAAAAGUAUCUUCAGACCCGAUGGAUCAAUUAAAUUUGAUCCGAUUCUUUCUGAUCAAAGGUAUUCCUUUGUCGUCAACCUACUUGGCAAUAGUCAUUGGCGGGAAAGAAUUACAACGGUUGCAGACUUUGGAUGUUCAGAUUUAUCUUUCUACCGAGUGCUGAGGAGUCUCAGGUUCCUCAAAUCUGUGUAUUUGGUGGAUAUUGAUGAAGAACUCCUGAAAAACAAUCGGCAUCGAGCACAACCAAUUAAUAAUGACUUCAUCCAGAAGAGGGAUACUCCUUUCCGGGUGGAAGUCCUUCGGGGAAGUGUUGAUUGCUUCUGCGACAAAAUGAAUAAUUUGGAUGCUUUUGUUGCUAUUGAAUUGAUUGAGCAUUUGUAUCCAGAGGAACUUGAAAGACUGCCUUACAAUGUGUUCCAUCUAAUUAGACCCCAAAUAGCCAUCUUCACAACUCCAAACUCUGACUUCAACAUCCUCUUUGCCACCCUCCCAGCACAAAAAUUCCGGCACGAUGACCACAAGUUUGAGUGGAGCAGGGAGCAAUUCAGGGAGUGGGCUGACAAUCUCACAGAGAGAUUUCCAGAUUACAGUGUCGAUGUGCAGGGCAUUGGACCGGCUCCUGAAGGAUCAGAAGAGGACUAUGGAUGUUGCAGUCAAGCGGCUAUUUUUGUCAGGAGGCCAGAUUCUGCCGUGGAAAUUAAUCCGCAGGAGAUUCAAGAGUACAAUGGUGGAGCCAAGAUUCAGAAAUAUGAUAUUAUCUUAGAAUGUGAUUAUCCUUUUGAUGAACGCUCGAGGGAACAAAAGAUAACAGAUUGUGCGAUGUAUCAAAUCAAUCGGAUGGAGCAUAGACGUCGAAUGGACAAGGAGGACGAAUAUGAUAGCUUCAGACUCGAGAUUCCGUUGGAGAGACUGGUGGAAGAGGUUUCUGGAGAAGUUUCAACGACCGUGGAGGAACUUGAAGUACUCCUAAAGGCGAAGAAUCUCCAGAUUGAGGAAGGAACUGUCAUUGUGGUGUCUGAUGACGAGGAAUAUGAUGAGUAUCAAGAGGAAUUUGGAGAAUUUGAAGAUUAUGAAGACUAUGAUUGAAUCUAUGAA